AUGAAAGAGUACGAAGAAUUAGGACACAUGGUAAAGGCUCCAGAUCACCAAAGAAUUUCAUCAAGAGAGGCUGAGAACGUUGGGCCUGAUGGGGAGAUGACCUUGGCACAUGAUGCUUCGGCAUCAGGAGGGUUGAGGGUCUCUUCUGACGGUUCAACACCUCAGACCUCUGCUCAUCUUCAACCAUAUUAUUUGCCUCACCAUGGAGUUCUACGUCUCGACAGUUCAACAACGAAGCUCAGGGUUGUAUUCAACGGAUCAAAAGCUACGACAUCAGGCAAAUCAGUCAACGAUUUAAUGCAUACUGGUGCUAAUUUGCUCUUGAAUGUUACAGAUGUUCUAAUUUGGCUUCGCCAUUAUCACCACAUUUUUGCCACAGACAUCACAAAAAUGUAUCGCCAGGUAGCAGUUCACAAGGAUGAUUGGGAUCUCCAGCGAAUCCUUUGGAUCGAUGAAGACCGCAAUGUCAUCCCUUACCAGCUCACAACUGUCACGUACGGUACAAAGGCGGCUCCCUUCCUGGCGACACGAGCACUCAUGCAACUUGUUCACGAUGAGGGUCAUCGAUUCCCUCUGGCAACGCCUUCGCUCACACAUGGCAGAUAUGUGAACGAUAUCUUUGGAGGAGCAGACUCAAUCUCGGAACUUGUGGAGGUCGCUCAACAGCUGAUUGCAUUGUGCAACGCGGGCGGAUUUCCACUCGCAAAAUGGCAUGCGACUCACCCAGAUCUUCUACGGGCUGUUUCGUCAUCCACACAAUCGUCAGCUCCCAUAUCAUUUGACGACUGCACUACCAAAUUACUCGGUAUUCAAUGGAUGCCUCAAACUGACGCAUUCGGCUUCUCAUCAACUUUGACUGAUCAACCAAGUAAGUGUUCAAAACGCCUCGUAUUGUCCGAAGUGGCUCGGAUAUUUGAUCCAUUAGGUUUCAUCUCACCGGUAAUAGUACGAGCAAAAAUGCUAUUACAAGAACUCUGGCUACACAAAAUCAAUUGGGACGACCAAUUACCGUCUCAAAUUGUAUCACGAUGGUUCAUCAUCAGAGAAGAUCUCAAAGGUUUGGCCAAACUGACAAUUCCAAGAUGGUUCAACACAUGGAACAAUUCAACUGUAGAAAUUCAUGGAUUCUCGGAUGCUUCUCAACUUGCCAUGGCAGCAGUGAUUUACAUCACUGUCAGCUCUCCGUCCAACGACUCAAUGACGUCACUUGUCUGCUCUAAGACAAAAGUUGCACCACUGAAGAGGCUCACGAUACCCAGAUUGGAGUUGUCGGCCGCACUCCUACUGGCAAAACUCACAAAAUAUGUUCAAUCAACGCUCAAGGUGAAGAUCAAUGCAACGCACCUGUGGACGGACUCUCAAGUUUCGCUCAUAUGGAUCAAAUCGCAAGCAUCACGUUGGAAGGAUUAUGUUCGGAACAGAGUCAUUCAGAUCCAAGAACUCACUCCAAAUGCGCAUUGGAGGCAUGUUCCAGGUACUUCUAAUCUAGCCGACUGUGCUUCCCGAGGCAUUUCGACAGAUCAACUUCAACGAUUCGAGCUUUGGUGGAAAGGUCCUCCAUGGAUGGCUCGAAAUCAAGAUCAUUGGCCAGAGCAAAAGGAAUUCUCAACUUUAAACAGCGAGCUCGAAGUGAGACCCAAUGUCUCACUCUUUGCUUCAGCUCAAAAGCUAAGUUAUCAUUGGGAUCUCAUUUACAAAUAUUCAUCUCUUAUUAAGCUGUAUAGACUGACUGCACUUUGUUUCAGGUUUGCCUCACGGCUUAAGAGAAAGCUCGAAACUCCUCCUGUGAUCAUCAUACCAUCCUGCGACAUGGAGAAGGUGCAGCUCUUCUGGAUUCACGCGACUCAACACUUGUAUUUCACCAGCGAAAUCAAGACGCUCAACUCAGGCUCAACCCUGCCUGCAACUCACCCCUUCAGUCGCCUCACCGCCUUCAUCGAUUCGCAGGGAACAAUACGAGUAGGAGGAAGACUCACAAACAUCCAGCGAUCCUCCCACGGGACGCUCACCUGUCGAAGAUCAUCAUUGAAGAUGCUCACAAGCGAACAUUUCACGGAGGAACGCAGCUCACGCUCGCAUACAUUCGACAACGGUACUGGAUCAUCGGUGGCAGAGCUCCUGUAA